GUUAGUCUGGGAUGCAGUAGACAGUUUUUCGUGGAUUGAAACAUGCAGCGAUACGGGUCGGACACGGAGGGGGACGAUACCCCGCUGCUUCGCCGAGGACACGAAGACAAAGUCCAAAGAGCCCCAGCAUGCUGUUCGUCACGGUAUGGCCUGGCGCUGCUGUCCUCAUUUGGCUUCUUCGUGGUCUACUCCUUGCGGGUAAACCUCAGUGUUGCCAUGGUGGACAUGCUUAACAACACCCAGCACCACAGCACCAACCACAGCGGCUCAGUGUGUCCUGCUCAUGGCAACCCUCCUCCACGGCCCAGAAAAAACCACACGGCCAGUGUGUACGACUGGAACUCGGAGACACAGGGCUGGAUCCUCAGCUCCUUCUUCUACGGCUACAUCCUGACACAGGUCCCUGGGGGCUACCUGGCCGGCCGCUAUGGACCCAAGUGGCUGAUGGGAUUGGGGAUCUUGGGAACUGUCAUUUUUACGCUGCUCACCCCUGUGGCUGCUGACCUGGGUGCAAGCUACCUCAUCGCUGUCAGGGUGCUGGAAGGGAUCGGCGAGGGAGUGACGUUCCCUGCAAUGUACACCAUGUGGGCAGCGUGGGCGCCACCGCUGGAGAGGAGCCGGCUUCUCACUAUUUCCUACAUCGGAGCCCAGCUGGGGACAGUGAUAGCUCUUCCUUUGUCUGGUGAAAUCUGUUUCUACCUGGACUGGACCUACGUUUUCUAUAUAUUCGGUGCUGUUGGCCUGGUGUGGUUCGUCUUGUGGACCUUCCUCGUCUUUGACAGUCCAAACACACACCCACGGAUAUCAGAGCAGGAGAGACUCUACAUCACUACCUCACUCAAGAACGAGCUGUCCUCCUCAGCAAGCAACAUCCCCUGGCGAUCCAUAGUGACGUCCACACCACUGUUGGCCAUCGUUGUGGCUCACUUCUCCUACAACUGGACCUUCUACACCCUCCUCACCCUGCUGCCAACCUACAUGAAGGACAUACUGGGGUUCAGCAUACAGGAGAACGGGAUGCUGUCAGCUCUUCCUUACAUCGGCUGCGCUGUGAUGGCCGUGCUGAGUGGCCAGCUUGCCGAUUACCUGCGCGAAACCCGCCACUACCGCACCGUCAUUGUCAGGAAGUCCUUCAGCAUUGUUGGAAUGAUCGGACCAGCGGUGUUCCUGGUGGCAGCAGGAUACACAGGCUGCAACUACACUUUGGCUGUGACCUUCCUCACCAUCUCGUCUGCUCUGGGCGGAGUUUCGGCUUCUGGCUUCAACAUCAACCACCUUGACAUUGCGCCUUCGUAUGCUGGUAUUCUCCUGGGAAUCACCAACACCUUUGCCACCAUUCCUGGCAUGGUGGGACCAAUCAUAGGAAGCGCACUCACCACACAUAAAGUCAUAGAAGAAUGGCAGAUGGUUUUCUACAUCGCCGCUGCCAUCAACCUGUUCGGAGCGGUCUUCUACACUGUGUUCGGCCAAGGAACAGUGCAGCCGUGGGCCGUCCACACGUCCUACUCUCAUGGAGACUGAGGCUGAGGACACUUGUCUGUUUGAUAAAUCAGAUGGACAGGUAUCAAUCACUGGCAUAACUCAACGGGUAAUCAGCGAGAGAUGCGUUCCAACCGCGCUGACUAUUCUCAAAGUGCGGCUUACUAACAGUGAGUAACAGCCAUAACACCCUGAGGACAUUAUUACUGUGACUGUGGGCACUCGAGAGUCACACAAACCCACAGUCACAGCAAUAACAAAGAAGAUUACAGUUUUAGUGAGGUGAAUAUUUCUCAGAGGCAAAAAUAAUCAUUGAGCCACAGUAAAUAGCUCUUAAUAAGUGUCAGAGGAAGCUGUUAUUAUAAACUAAGCACUCUUGUCACCAACUAAAAAAAGGGAAUGUAGCCAGUUCAUUAGACAGCUGCAGGUUAUCUAAACCUUGUUAAUAGUCACGCAUUAAGGUAAAUAAGCUAUGGAAGACAAAUCAUCUCAAUAUACUUCCUUUUUGGUGUUCAGGUUAACCAGUUAGCCACCGUCUUAGACUUAAUUGUUAUUUCUGCCUCCCGAGCACUUAAAAGUUUUCUAGCCCAAAAUGCCACAGAGAACCCUUUUUAAGUUUUAUUGCCACGUUAAGAGUCGACACCCUCGAGAAGAAUGUUUUCUUUCACUUGUGUUGGUUAAGUUUGGGAUAACACAAAAUGUGAAACUUAAACUGAGUGCCAAUUAGUUUUAAAGUGUUUAAAGGAAUACUUCACCCCCAAAUGGCCAUUUGUAUGAAUUACUCACCUCUGUUACGUUGGAUGUAGAUAAUGCUGCUUUUUCCCAAAUGUCUGUGAUGAACGAGAAUCCAAUUACCGAACUUGGUACUUUUAAGGGCACCAACAAAAUGGAGUCAGCACUGGCAAAUACUGAUUUACAGUAAGGUACAAAUUUUGGUACCUGAGGGGGCAUCUGGGUUCAGAUAGGAGGCAGAAGCGCCCUGAAGCCAGGAAGCUCUGUCGCUUCACACAGUGAUAGUUUCAGCAUUUAGUCUAUUAUCUUUUCUUUUUCUUUUCUUCUAGAGACAGAAGACUCUACUUGUGAUUAGAGCAGAGAGAGAGCGAGACUAUGUUACCUCUGUAACUUGUUCAGAAAUUACAUUUCUGCAGAGAGAAUAAAGGUACAAAUACUGAAUUUCAGAUAACAGUAUCAGUUCAAAUGUAAAUGGUACCCAAACCUAGCAACCACAUUUAACAACACCAAACUCCACAUCAAAACAUCUUUACAAGUCUCAUUUAUCCAGUCGUAUGCUCAUAACUUCCAAACAGCCCUUUCCGAACUGAACGGAAGAUGGAAAAAACCCAGUAAUUUUACCUCACUGAACACUGGAGCUGCUGCUCUACAGCUGCCUCCAUCUGUUAGUUUGUGUUAUUGUGUGACUUCUGUGUUUUAAAGGGUUAAUUUGGACUCACCAAAGCCACACAAUACCACAAACAAUAACCAAGAACAACAGCUUCUGUGUUUAGUCAGGUAAAAUAACUGUUUUUGUCAAUGGAGUAUGGCUUGGAAGAGUUUAGUGAGAAUGGAGGUGUUUGGGAAGUACAAUCGUGUGAAUGAAAUUUGAAUUAUACUGCAGGAGUUUUCAUGUUUUGAUAUAGUUUUGCUGUUGUCAUCAAAACUUUUGGAUUCUUCAUUCACUGCAGGCAUGCGAGAAAAAGUUGUCUUCACGAAUUCAGUAUAACACGUGGUGAGUAACUGAUGUACAAAUGGUCAUUAGGAGGGUGAAACAUUUCCUUCAGUGGUUUGGUCCCAAACUAGACGCACACAUUUGAAAUCGUCUUUCCUGAGAGAACUUUGUGACCGCAAAGCACGCACAAACACUGGUUUGAGAAAAUGCCUUAAAGUGAAGCCUCUUUUAAUUAAUUUUAAAGCUCUUUAUCAUUAAUGGGAUAGCAAAAGGACCUUUUUUUAUAUUUACUUGUUAUAUGUUGCUGUAAGGGAUUUUAUGUGCACAACAAUAUGUAUUGUCUUUUCAGGUUUUGUCCACUAGGCACCUCUUUCAGUUUAGGUAGCAGCACUUCACUAAUGCAUGUGGAAAGCACGGGUCAUGAUAUUUUCUAUCUAUAACACUAAAAAGAUGUUUAGCUCUUAAUGAAGAAUAAGAAAAAAAAGUGCUUAAAGAGGUUUCUGGUGGACACAUAGCCUUACUUUACUCACAGGAUUUGCACUUUGUGUGUCAAUGCUCAGGUACCUUAUGUCUAACAAGGAUUGAAAAGGAUGUUUGACUACUUUUUACAGAUUAGUUGAUCUGCCACAUUGAGGUAUGUGUCCUCAAUUUUUAAGCGGCAACUGAAUUAGAUCGCAUUUUGAAAUUAUUUCACAUAGCACAGUUAACUUAAAACAUGGCUUGUGGUAAUUCUUUACCUUAACUUUAACCUUUUCCACAAAGUUUGCACUCUACCAUAUAAUAGUCUAUGUACAUAAAUGUCUAUGUAAAUCAAAAUCAAGCCACAAGGAAACUAUAAUUUCUGUCAACAUGUAGCAUCAUCCCAAUUUAAGAUGCACUGCCUUAUUACAGUAGCUCAAACGGGUUCUGACUAUUUAGGACUGUAUCGUUCCCAUUAAGGGUUUCUCUAUUUACAGCUUUUUUAUUAUUUCUUUUUUACGUUCAGUGUCUAUAUACAGAGAAUGAAGGGAUUUUUGUAUGUGUAUAUUACAGUACAUAUACAGUAUAUAAAGUAUGUACACCACCUUUACUGAGAGGGUAAUCAUUGUAAGCUUUCAGUCUGGAAACAUUCCAGAAACAUGUCUUAGGUCACUGUUAUGUAUUGUAAAAACUUCAUUAUAUACAGCUAUGCUCAAAUCUGA